AGAGCCCUAAAAUCGGAGCUCGAGUAAAUUCCGACCACCGCAAGAUCCCUCCUCCCUUCCUCCUCUGCCACGACUACGAAGUCUGAGCUCGAUCUGAGAUCUCCCAACUCAGGUCAAUUAAAAUUUUUUAUGAGAAAUGGAAAACUUGGACACUGAAGCAAAUGAAUUAAACUUGGAUGACGAUAGUUCAAUAUAUACUCCUCAAGUAUCAGAUGAGUUAAGGCCAAAAAAAGGGCAAGAAUUUAACACAAUAGAUGAUGUUGUAACAUUCUACAAUGCUUAUGCUAAAGCAGCUGAGUUUAGUGUAAGGGCUUGGACCACUCAGAAAGAGCCGGGAAGUGGUGAAAUAAGAAGGAAGGAGUAUGUUUGUUUUAAACAAAGAAAAUCUCCAAGAAUCGCGGAUGUUGGAAAUAAAAGACGUCGAAGAAGCGUAGCUAAAGAUUGUCAUGCCAAAAUUACAGUUUUAAAAUCAACCUCCGGAAAAUACAUUGUUACUAUUUUUAAAGAGGAGAAUAGUCAUCCGCUAUCAACACCAUCAAAGGUUCAUCUUUUAAGGUCUCACCGUAACGUUUCAGCCGCAACAAAGUCUUUAACUAAACAUUUAUCAAUGGUGAAUAUACCUCAGCAUCAACAAUUUAGUUUUCUUGGAGUACAAUAUGGAGGUAUAGAAAAUAUUGGGUGCACUCAAAAAGAUUUGUAUAAUCAUGAAAGGGAUAUACGGGCUGAUUUGAAGGGACAUGAUGGUCAAAUAUUUUAUGAGUAUUUAAAACUGGAACAAGGAAAGAAUCCCGCAUUUACUUUUCAAAUUGAGGCCGAUGAGGAACAAAAGAUUAUUCGUUGUUUUUGGUCCGAUGCAAGUUCAAGGCGGGCUUACAUUUUUUCGGUGAUGUUGUAAUCUUUGAUACUACUUA